CGAAUGUUGCCUCGACCUCAUGGGAACCCAAAAAACUGGAAAACCGGGGCCGAUUUUACCAGCUUCCAGGGAAACGCCAACAUUCCCCAUUUUAUGGGCGUUCUAUUUUAUUGUCUCGGCUGUUGUUCCAGUUAAUGGUCUGCUUUCAACGUUUGGGCUCCCCGAAAACAUGUCUUUCGACACAUUUCGGUACCCUGGGAGACGACAACAAGGUCACCCUUGAGAUGGGUCAAACAAAGGCUGGAAUCUACACCCUUCUUACAAUGAAAGGGACCUUGGCCAGGGGAAGACUGCAAAGAUUCGAAUCAUGGAUGAAGGAUGUCUUCCAGGAAUCUAUGCUCACGGCGGCUGAUCUUUUUCCACAUGGGACUCAUUCUCCUGAGAUGGGAAAUUCAAUCGAAGCGGUUGUUGCCACCGUCGUUCCUACCACCAGUGGAACGUUUUUAGAGAAACCAAAUUUACAAGUGAGCAGUGGCAGCGUCCUUAAGGAUCGCGAGAGAGGAACUCCGACCGCUUUCAUUGCGUUCGAGACUCCCAGAAAGACCGCUCUAGUGGUGAAUCUCAAGGUCCCUUGGAAUACGGACCUCAAGCUCCUAAAGGAGAAAAGAAAUGGUCCACGUUUGAAAGAACUUCCUCAGUCUCACAGUAGAGCUUUUGACCAACACUGACAAAGUUGGCGUCCCCGGGAAGGCAUCUUAUAACAAUUUAAGACCCCCGUUUGCGAAAGGCUGAGCUGGUGAGUGAGCCACACUGUCCGACAGACAGGACGCCGCGAUCAUUGCGAGAUCUCCAUCAGA